AUGGAUUUCGAUGAUCUGGCACUAGCUCGACACGACAACGACCGCCUUGCUUGGAAUCGAAAGCUCAGUCAAGUCGGACCUUCGACUGAUAUUCCCGUCCCCACCGUGAUUGCCUACGGAAUGGCGGAGGACAACCCAACCGGCCUGGGCCCCUUUCUCAUCACAACCUUUGUAGAGGGUACGCCACUUGGGGAUAUGCUAAAAGCAGACUCCGUCGAUGAACAAGGGGACAAAAUCCUGCGUAGCGAUAUUCCGGACUCAACACUGCGGGUGGUAUACCAGCAGAUCGCAGAUGUCAUUCUACAACUUUCAGAACAUGAUUUCGAUCGAAUAGGCUCUCUGUCCAUCGACAGUGAUGAUAAUUGGUCUAUCGAAUCUGGGCCUCUUACACUCAACAUCAACGAAUUGGCAAGAUGUGGAGAUGUAUAUGUGGAGCCACGAGUUUACUCAACCACAGCCGACUAUCUUCUUGAGAUUGCGGAGCAAAACAUCCUCCAUCUCGAACGGCAGCGGAAUAGUAUUAGCAGUGCGACGGACGCUCGAUUGAAGUAUACUGCUCGCCAUCUGUUCCGUGCCAUCACUCCUAAUUUCGUAUCGCGGAGGUACAAUCAAGGUCCUUUCAAGCUUUUCUGUGACGAUUUCCGGCCUGGAAAUAUCCUUGUAGAUAAUUCCUUCAAGAUCACCGGCAUCAUCGAUUGGGAAUGGUGCUAUGCCGCGCCUUUUCAAUUUACAUAUGCCCCACCGCGAUGGCUGUUGCUGAAGGAGCCGGCCUAUUGGGACUCUAAUCCAGAUAAAGAAGACCUUCUCAAUGCUUACCUUCCAAAGCUUGAACUAUUUUUUAGAGAUCUUGGAGGAGCAAGAGCUUUCUCGGAAGGGCCCGGUAAGCCCCAACACGGAUCCCAGUCUGUCGAGCCUGAUGCGCCAGUCCAUGACCGACAUGACCUUUUGGUUCAACGAGGCUGCUAG